ACUUUACGAUUUUCAGACAUUAGGCAACAUGGCGCAGAGCUUCGUAUAAGCAUGCGGAUAAUGUUGAAAUUUGAGCUUAUAAAAUUGAAUUUUCACAUUUUUAAGUGAUUUAUUUGUAUUCCUGAAUACUAAUGGCAUCUUUGCAGUAUGUAGUUCAUCCUCUGCCUGGAAGUGAUGAACAAUUUAAUGACAGAUUGAAAGAUGUAGCUGACCGAAUAAACCGCUUAGGACUCAAUUCUCAUUCUGGUCUUUCAUGCCUAAGAUCAGGAAUUAAGAAAAUAUGUAUUGGCCCUUCACAUAUAGGUCUUUUAUUAGAUGAUGGAAAAGUUUGUCGGUUAUCAUAUAAUGUUUUAUCCGAUAGAUUGGACUUGACUAAAAAUGAUAGUAACAAAAGCAGUGGAGGUACAGGAACCGGUGGCUCAGGUGGUGCAGGGGGACAAGGAAGUGGAGGUUCGAACAAACCACCUAGCACUGGAAGGGGUAUGCGAACUAGAGCCAGAAUAAUGCGUUCGAAUACUGCUAUUCGUGGUGCUAAUAAUAGCGGGAGCCGUAGCGCACCUGUUAUAAUAGGGACCAGUACAUCUAGCAGUGGUCGUCCUCUAGUUACUGUACCUGCUCCUUACGUUCCUGAAGAAUUAGUAUCUCAGGCACAGGUUGUAUUACAGGGAAAGAGUAGAAAUCUAAUUAUACGAGAACUACAGAGAACUAAUCUUGACGUGAACCUUGCUGUGAACAAUCUACUAUCGAGAGAUGAUGAAGAAGGUGAAGAGGGCGAUGAUGCUACAGACUCUUACGUUCCAGAAGAUCUUAUAUCAUUACUAGACGGUGGUUUCCAUCCUGACCAUUCUGUAAUUAUUGAUGCUGAUGCUAUGUUCUCUGAGGAUAUGUUUGGAUAUUCUGGCAUUAGGAACUUCCUUAACAGUCGUGGCAGCAGCAGAGGUAGGUUAGCAGACCGUGAUGCCCCUUUAUCAAAUAGCGGAGGUUCUGAUCGAGAUAGAGAAAAUUUUUCCCGUUGGCGUGAUAGACAAUAUUGUGGACCAAGAAGAUGGUUAGAGACAGCGCUAAGAGACAAUCCAUACGAGAAAGAUUCAGAGCACAAAAAGAAGGAUAAUGCUUGUCCCUUAUGGUUGUCUGAUGAUCUGGAAUUUUGGCCGGAACCUGCACCGAAGUUCAUCCAAAUUGCAUCUCUUCAUAGUGAACUUGUAGCUUUAUCAUCAAAUGGUCAAGUGUAUCAAUGGAGAUGGCACGAUCCGGAACCGUAUAAACAUCCUGAGAACCCAUAUAUUCACCAUCCAAAAACAAUUCCUAUGGCUUUAACCAGCGAAAAAGUUGUGCAAUUAUCUGCCUGUUCCACACGAUGUUCAGUAUCCACCGAAUCUGGAAAAACAGCAACAUGGCUCGAUGAAACUCUCAUUUCUGCUUCCUCGAAACUAGAACAUCCAGCCCAGGCCUUCAGCGAAUUUCAGAAUGACCGCAUAAUAUCACUACAUACAUGUACUCUUUACACCGUUGCCAGAUGUGAGAGUGGUGCGUUGUAUUGGUGGGGAGUGCUACCAUUUUCACAAAGGAAAAGGCUAUGGGAAAAAUUUAGAGCAAAAUGUCGAAAACAACGCCCAUCGAACAGUCAAUCCGAUAUAAUAACCGGAUCACAAGUUUGCAUGAAAAACAGUCCGAUGUAUCAACCCGGAGCAAUUGGUUUUACAGUAGCAGCUGGCAGUCCGAAAGUGGGACAACUUCAAAACGCAGCAUGGACUCUGAACGAUACCUGCACUUUCAAAAUUCUGCACAAUCAACCGACGAGCGCUGGAGCAAGCGAUAAAGCGACUAGAGAAACUUCCACACCUUCAAGUAGCAGCAUAGCAAGUGCCACUAAAUCAAACACGAACAAGGAGAACACAGACAGGCUUGACAUGCCCCCACCUCCAUCUCCUGCCUCAAGUACUUGCAGUGACACAGGAAGUAUCUCUAAUAGCCAUAAAAGACAGAAACGUACUACACCGUGUGGAUCUGAUUCUAAUAACGAAGUGAAAAAAGACGAAGAAGAAUGGCAAUUAAGAGAUGUCAUUUUUGUGGAAGAUGUCAGGAGUGUCCCGACAGGACGAGUUUUGAAAGUUGAUGGUUCUUAUGCCGCCGUAAGGUUUCCAUCUGUUCACAAUAAGGAGCGAGAAAGAGAUCCUAAAGAAUUGGACGACAUUUUUCAAGACUGCAGAUUGAUGAGAAAAGAUGAUCUACAAGUGAUCAAAUCUGGGUCGACGUCUAGGGCUCCAGAUUGCUUUCAGAAGACUCCUCGUAGGGUACAAAUUUCUGAUAAUGGUUCACAAAUUUUGACGAUUGCGGUAGAUCCCCAAGGAAUUCAUGCCGUUGUCCGUAAUGGUGUCAAGUUGAGCUAUAUUAUGUACAAUAUUAGCAGCGGUCGAGUUGAGCUAGAUAACGCGUUCCCAAGUGACACAGCAUCGUUUAUGGGACUUUAUCCAUCUUUGAUAAAUCUCAACUGCGCAGGAGAGAGCUCCGAAACAGUAUUAAUCUUGAGAGACGGUAAUAACACCAUUUACCCACUAGCGAAAGACUGUGCCGAAGCUAUCAAAGAUCCACAGUGCUUAGAUCUACCGCCUGUUAAAUGUGUUGCAGCAAGUACUUUGUCCCUUCCUGGUACUUCUAUGAAUAUGAAGAACCAAGUGGCAGUUAUAGUUUUCGCUUUGGAGCAUCAAUUACUCCUUCCGAAAAUCCUUAGGUGCGAUCUGGAGGCAGUCCUACAAAUUCUAGCCCAAUUGGACUCUGAUAUUAAGGGGAAUGCUAAUACUGUAGCUUCGAUAUUGAGUGAGAGAUGUGAUGGUAAUAGAAAUAUAUUCCAUGCGGUCGUUAAUAUGUGUACCCCCAUUUCUAACAAAGAUGUAGAUAACGAUAACGCUCGCUCUACAACAAACACCAAUCCUGGCGGACUAGAUUGUAUGAUUCCUGCCGGCUCGAGCGCACGAAAUGCUCCACAUCCCUCUUCAUCGGCCGUGAGCCUUAGAGACAUGAUGAGAAGGGCAGCCAGAGCAGCCGAACCUAUCAACAAUCCCGCCAAUGCCCCUGUCGAUCAGCAGCAUGGAGGUGCUUCAUACGCUCAGGGAGAAUCUAUUCCGACGCACAGUUGGCCGCCGGAAUCCUUCGAUCCCCUGUCCUUGAUGCCUUCAGAAGACGAGGACAGUAUCUUAGGUUCCAACGGCCAAAAUAAGGCCAACACGUUGCCACCGACCGGUCAAACUUCCAACACUUUUGUUGUAGAGCCUGCCGAGAGAAGAGCCAAUGCUCUUCAAAUUUUAAACGCACUCCUCAACGAAUGUGCAGCAUUAGAACCCCAUAUUGUCGAAUUGCUGUCUGCCAAAGAUGCACAAGGACAGACUCCUUUCAUGCUUGCCGUAUCAUCCAGAAGUUACCCAGCUGCUCUGAAUAUAUUUGAACGAAUAAAGAAGUAUCCCAAUGUGCAAGAGAGAAAUGAAAUGAUAUUUCCCAAAGGAUCGAAUGCGGAUCAUUCACCGUUACAUGUGUUGUGUUGCAACGACACAUGCAGCUUUACUUGGACUGGAGCAGAACAUAUAAACCAAGAUAUUUUCGAAUGCAGAACUUGCGGUUUGACUGGUACUCUGUGUUGUUGCACAGAGUGUGCAAGGGUAUGCCAUAAAGGUCACGACUGCAAACUUAAAAGGACUUCCCCUACUGCUUAUUGUGACUGUUGGGAGAAAUGUAAAUGCAAAGCUUUGAUAAUGGGGAACCAGACGGGAAGGUUUGAGUUACUUCAAAAAUUGGUGAAGGAGACAAAUUUAGUUUGUCAGCCAAAUUCAAGAGGUGAAAGCAUACUUCUUUUCCUAGUUCAAACUGUCGGUCGCCAGAAUCAGGAACAAAGACAAUUUAGACAUUCUAGACCAAGAGCUCCCUCGUCGAAUUCUAGAAAUAAAACUCCAUCAUCAGACAUUGAGUCAGACAUGCCCGAGCAUGAUUUAGAACCACCGAGAUUUAGCAGGAGAGCUCUUGAAUGUCUCCUGAGCGACUGGAAGGCGGUCAAGAGUAUGAUAAUGUCGGGAAUGAAAGAAACGGCAGAAAAUCCCUACUCGGACCAGCCUUAUGUAGCUGGACAAAGUGGAACCACUCUCUUGGAUAAGUUUUCUCAUUGCUUCCUUGUCAAAUGUCAAAUGGUGAUAGAUAUUCUCCUUGAAACUCUCAUCAAGGAAAUGAAGAAUCCAGAUGCCAAACAAGCAGAAAUAGCUACCUUUGUUGCCAGAAGAUUUGUUAGAUCGGUAGUGAGGAUUUACGUUAUAUUUUGUAUAGAAGUAGCUCCUAAUUCUACGAAAAGACGAAGCCUCAGCAACCAAAAUCAGCCCCUUAGUAAAUGUCGUAGGGUAUUUCAGUCACUGAUGAAAUUGUCAAUUGAAGAGUUAUGCGAAACGGCAGAUUCUCUCAUUGCCCCUGUGAGGUUAGGUGUCGCCAGACCAACAGCACCUUUUUCUUUGGCUACAUCAGCCAAUGACAUUUUGAAUGGUUCUCAAGAAUUGUUUUUAGUUGAUCCAUUAGCACCAUCAUCUUCUCGAAUCUUAAGUAGACAUACAACCAACGAAUUAUUCCCUAGAGUGGCAGCUGCUGCAAGAGAUCUUAUAAGUGAUGUCAACGAUGGGGAAAGCAUGGCAAUCGAUAACGACGAUGAUAACGCUUCGGAACAUGAGGACGCAUCUGCAGAUCGUAUCCUUCCUUUGCCUACCCGUCAGGGAUCUAUGAAUGAGAACGAUCAAGACCAUCAGGCCGCAGACGGUCAGGAGAAUCGCAUCCAAGGGGAAGAGAGCGACCCUGAAUUGGACCUUCUGGCAGAAACCGAAUCUGAUAGUGACGAUAACCAGAGCAAUCAGGAUGCGGCCUCUGCGCAGAGAUCGGUGCAAACCGGAGCUACGGCUGGAUCCGAUACAGGGUUGCUGCUCUUUCCUGAAGAUGAUAGUGCUGAAUCCAGUCAGCAGGAAGAAGAAGAAAGUGAAACUGGCGAAACUGACGAACAGGACACUGAAGACUAUACCCUCAAUGACGAUCAACUCGAAAGAAGAAGAAGCCGUUACAGCAAUGCUGCGGGUCAUGGCCAGCGAGCUAAUCUGGCACCGCAAAAUAUGCAAUGGGCUAUACGUAAUAGGGAAACUAGUCGGUCGACCGGAGUCAGAAUUGCUGGUGGCACAAACCUUUUGUAUAUUGAUCCAAGCUCCUUGCGAAGGUCAACAGCGGCAGGUUCUUCUAGUAGCACAGAUACGAUUACAAUGUCCACCACUGCGAGUUGCCUGGCAAGGGCAUUCGGUAUCGUUAUUCGUCAAAUAGCAGAUCUUUUAUCAACGAUGCCAAAUAUGUCUCAAAUAUUGACAACACCAGUUACUCACAUGGAGGUGUCGCAAGAUGACAUCUAUAAUGUCCAGAUAUACUUAGAGUUCCGUUUGAAAGCCACUUGGGACUGGCUUCUAACGGUUAUGGACGCAACUGAGGCUCAGCUCAAAUUUGGUGCUUCUUUAACUAAUUCAUUGGAUCUUCCAAGUACUAGCCACUCUGUAGGCCCGCCCGCCAGUGCCAGCGUGAAUAUGACAUCAAGUUCUAAUCUUAGAGCCAGAAACCAUUCCAAUUCGAAUGGAACAGGAACCACUGGUUCGAGGAUUGUUGGCUUUGCGAAUGUUGAAAGUAGAUCCCGCCCUGAAAGAGAUGGUGUUGAUGCUCAUGCUGCCCGAAGAGAAUUUUUGUCCUAUUGUUUAUCGUUAAUGAGGUCCCACAACAACGAGCAUUUAGACUCUCUACCCGUGUUGGACGUUUCGGCAUUAAAACAUGUCGCAUAUGUUUUCGAUGCUCUGAUUUACUUCAUGAGAUCUGGUUCGUCAGAAGCUGUCGAUACCGAUUUGAGAAGGGAAGGCUUGCCAUUGGCGUCGUGGAAUGAUCAGGAUGAGAAUGAAAACGAAGACGGAGAAGAGGAAUUAACAGUUGCCAUCGACACCGAGUCUUUAGAUGAUCAGGAAAUGAGUAACUUGGCAAAUAUUACUAACAAUCUGUCCAAUUCUUUCCAAGGCACCUCUGGAAAAGGGCGUAAGCACCCUUUCUUUCAGAGGUCCGAAUCCACUCUUUGUCUUGGCUGUCCUCCUCCAGAUCCCUUCGAUACACCAAUGGCUGAAGCUUUACCAUUGGCCGAUCAGCCUCAUCUGUUACAACCGAACGCCAGACGGGAAGAUCUUUUCGGUAUGCCUAAGCAAGUAGUCACCCUAAAUUCUACAACAAUAAACUCUGACAAUCCUUUGGAGUCGCUGCCGACGAAAUUGAGUCUGUCGACACGUACAAGUGAAUUCGCCAUGAGUCAGCCGGCCAGAGCGAAUCAUCCAAUCGCGCAAAAUCUGAACGUUAUGGGGCCCAAUCCCCUAUUUUACCCGCAAAAUUUCAUGGGAGAUGAACCGAUGGACGUUGAUAGGUCUACGACAACAAGGGACGUUCAGACCGAUGAGACAAUGGAUGAACCGAAGGCGAUGGAACCAUUUCAAAGUUUAUUGGAUGCUGUUAAAAAUGAGACAGGUGACUUGGAGGAAACACCGCAAGAUUUGUCCUGCAAUCGUGAAAAUGUAGAUUUUGGAAUGUCUAGAUCGAAGGCGUUGCUGCUAACCCCCAAAGAUUCAACUGAGCAAAUGGACAUUCCCACAUCGAGGCCACAAAUAAUAAUGUCACCCAAGAAAACGUCAGGUGAUAUGUCAAGUUUGGACCAGAUCCCACUCCCAGGAAAUUCAUCUUCUUUAUCAUUUGUUAUACCCGGCAAUUCAGAUAAUUCUGAAGAUUUUAAUAUGCAAUGUUCGUCCGAUAACCAAUAUUCAGAUUCACAAAUCCAAUCGACUAGUAGUUCUUCUAGAAGUCCUAAUACAAGUGUCAUUGUUAGAGUGGGAUCGUCAACAAACCAAAAAAUGGGUGUAGAUGUGAUAAUGUCGGUGGACAAUCAGCAGACGGAGACCUUGGAACAUCAGGAGAUAUCGGCUAAUGUCACAGUUGUGACGACUCCCAGCGUAAAUCCUGAGAUUCCUAGACCUACCAUAGGACAGUCUGUGUCCCACGAUUUAUUACUUGGCCGAUGGAGACUUUCUCUGGAUUUAUUCGGGAGGGUCUUCAUGGAAGAUGUGGGUUUGGAGCCAGGCUCUGUAGUCUCAGAACUUGGAGGCUUUCCAGUUAAAGAGGCCAAAUUCAGAAGAGAUAUGGAGAAAUUGAGAAAUAAUCAGCAGAGAGAUUUAAGUUUGUCGAAAAUGGAAAGGGAAAGAACACCACUCCUUGUACAGACUUUCAAAGAGCUUAAUACCCAAUUCAACAACUAUAAUAGGCGAACUUCAUCUUCACCCCCUUUAGCUGUCAAUAGAGUUAAGGUGACGUUCAAAGAAGAACCAGGUGAAGGAUCUGGAGUAGCGCGUAGUUUUUAUACGGCUAUUGCAGAAGCCAUAUUAUCGCAAGAAAAAUUGCCAAAUCUUGAAAGUGCUCAAGUCGAUAACAAAUACUCUCAAUAUAGUGUGUUGCAGAGGCUACGGAGAGAUAGAGAUGUAUUGAGAAGAACUGCACAACUUAGAGGUUCCAAUAGAGUAAUCAGAGACAACCAACGUAGAGCAUUGAGCAUCGAUGCAAGACCGUUUGUGCCUAUAGAACCAGUUCCUGAUGCACCCUCCAUGCCUGACAUAUCUGGACCUCCACCGGGAUCUUCAAAUAAUUCUUCUAACUCUAAUGCAGCUCCAAGAAAUGAACAUUUGACGGGUCAUCAGCAACAACUUGGAGAUAGAUUAUAUCCUAAGGUUCAUAGCUUACAUCCCACAUUUGCUAAUCGAAUAACAGGUAUGCUUUUGGAACUUUCACCCGCCCAACUUCUUCUCCUACUAGCUUCUGAAGAAUCCUUAAGAGCUAAAGUGGAAGAAGCUGUGGAAUUGCUAAUAGCUGAUAGUCAAGCUCGUCGUCAACCGCAUGAGCAAUUGUGUGAUGAACUCUUAGAUUUAGAUGUGUUUUCUCUAACAGAUAGGAACAGGAAAAGUGGACAGAGUAGUGGAACAGAAAAUGCCACCAAUGAGGAUACGGUGCAAGACGAUGAAGACAAUGCUCCUCUCUUCUACUGUCCCGGCAACCGGGGUUUUUAUGCUCCCAGACAGGGAAAACCAUCUUUCGAAAGAUUGAAUGCUUUUAGGAAUGUAGGAAGAUUGCUCGGGUUAUGUCUUUUACAGAAUGAACUAUGCCCCAUCUUCCUCACCAGGCAUGUUUUGAAAAGUAUCCUAGGAAGACCAAUCAAAUUCCAUGAUCUAGCAUUUUUCGAUCCAACCGUUUAUGAAUCGUUACGACAACUUGUGGUCGAUGCAGAGUCGAAAGAUAACAAUGGAUAUUUCUCAGCUUUAGACCUCAACUUUAUAAUGGACCUGAGUCCCGAAGAAGGCGGUGGAACAAUUGAGUUGAUGCAAGGUGGGAAAGACAUUGAAGUAACUAAUAGUAACAUAUAUGACUAUGUCAGAAAGUAUUCCAAAUAUCGUAUGAUCAAAGUUCAAGACAAGGCACUAGAGGCAAUCCGAACUGGAGUGUUUGAUGUUUUACCCGAGGGAGCCUUAGACGGGCUUACAGCCGAAGAUUUGAGACUCCUUUUAAACGGUGUAGGUGAUAUAAACGUGUCUGUACUCAUAUCUUACACCUCUUUCAAUGACGAAUCUGGAGAGAACAGUGACCGACUGGUGAAAUUCAAAAGGUGGCUCUGGUCAAUUGUGGAAAAAAUGUCCCAUUUAGAACGACAAGAUCUGGUAUAUUUCUGGACUGGUUCUCCUGCACUUCCAGCUAGCGAAGACGGUUUUCAGCCUAUGCCAUCAGUAACAAUAAGGCCAGCUGAUGAUGCCCAUUUACCCACCGCAAAUACUUGUAUUUCUAGGUUAUACAUACCCUUGUACAGCAGUCGAACUGUGCUCAGACAAAAACUGCUAUUAGCUAUCAAAACUAAAAACUUUGGAUUUGUGUGAAAACAUUAGACAAACAUCCAAGUUUCUAAUUUUCAUCAUUUCCGAUGGCCGAGUUGAAGUUGGCAUAUUUCAUUUCUUUGCUUACUUUCAAGAGGAAUGUAGGUUUUUUUUGUAAUUGUGAUGGAUGUUAUAUAAAACUAUUUUAUGUAAUAAAAUCAAUAAAGUGAUAUAGGUAUGUAAAUAAUGUGUACUAUUAUAAAAAUGUAUUAGAAAACGUAAGGGGUGCUUUAAAUUCGAAUUUUCAAAAGUAUUUCAUGUUUUUAUACCCUUUUUGUGAUUUGUUUCAAAAAUUAUAUGUUAAGUUUUAUUACUAAGAGAAAUAUUUUUGGAAAUUUUCAGGAAUAUUGGGAAACUUCAAUUUUUCAAAUAAAAAUAAUGAUUUAACUAUUUUCAGUUAUAUGAAUGUAAAUACAGCUUUAAUAAAUUGUUUGAAGUUUAGCUUUUUUGGACUCGGUUAUAUAAUUUGGGGUUUUGAUGUGAUACAAACAAAAAGAAGCUUAUUAUGUAUGAGAACUAACAGUAAAAGUAGUGGUUUAUAAAUUAAGAACAUUUUCCCUUCCUGAAAAAGUAAAUAUCUACUCCAAUGAACUGAUGACACCCAAGUUAUGAAAUAGAUUUUAAUUUAAUUUCUUAUUGCUUAAUUAGUGAAAAUAUGAGCAACGGAAAUUCUGUAUUUUACACAUUAAUAUAUUAAGUUAUUAGCAAGAUCUAAUUCAACUAAGUUAGUUUGUAAGUUGAAAUAAAUUGAUGCAGCGAAAA